AUGUACAAAAUGGUUUUUAUUUCUAGUUAAAUGGAUGUUGGUGGGUGUGGGGACCUAUAAUGAAUGUCUCAUUUUGAAAACGAAUCAUCAUGUGAUGAUAAAGUCUAUAUAAUAAGCUUAGCUUGAUGCACUAGGAACCUCACAACACAACACUAAGACGUACAAGAGAUCGAUCAUGAACUACAUAGUGUUGUUUCUUACUCUUAUCAUUUGCACGAGCUCGGUUUCAUGUGCUUCCUCAAUCAAUGAUGAUCAGAUGAUUGCCAUGGUUGUCCAAAAUGAUCAAACACCGGCCACCGUACAAUUCGGUCGUUCGAUAUUGAAAGGGUAUAAUGCGAGGAGAUGUGGAGGUCUUUGGGAAAAAUGUGCUUGGUAUUCAACAUGGUGUUGUGAAGGGCUUGGUUGUAACAUCAGCAAUGAGUGCGAGCCUGUUCCAGGCUGCUUGCCGGAAGGCAGCACGGGUUGCAACGCACUUAUAAAGCCAUGUUGCUACCCAUAUUAUUGCAGCGAUUUUGUUGCAGUUGGAAUUUCAAAAUGUGUUCCAUUUUAGGUCACUCAGUUAGGGUUUGGCCUGUGUAAACACGUUUGUGUGCAAAUAAGAUGUGUACUGUCUACAAUAAAAUAACAACCUUAUGUUAUAAGGUCGUUGAUUUGUUUUUCCAAGUCGUAAAGUCCUUCUGGUGUGUAAUCCAGCGACGUUAUAAGAGCGUUGAUUUGUUUUUAUGAAUCGUAAAGUCCUCCUGGUGUGUAAUUUGCUAUUGUGUACGUGUGUUUAAUAAAAAGGUCAUUAAUGUAU